AUGUCUCAGACUGUUGAGAAUGUGAAAUACACUGAGGAUAGAGGAGAGCACAUCGAGAGGGUGGUGGAAAUCUAUGAAAGUGCAGACGCUGUUAGAGAUCAUAUUCAAAUACCAACAAAUGAUCCCAACAUUAAGACUCAACAACCAGUGCUGUGGAUCACAUGCAACAAUACAAUAUACAGUGACAAUAACCUGACUAUAGAAAGAGACCAGUUACAGACCAGUUACAACAACCUGACUGUAGAGAGAGACCAGUUACAGACCAGAUAUAACAACCUGACUAUAGAGAGAGGCCGGUUACAGACCAGUUACAACAAUCUGAAUAGAGAGAGAGACCAGUUAAAGACCAGUUACAACAAUCUGACUAUAGAGAGCGACCAGUUACAAACCAGAUACAACAACCUGACUAUAGAGAGAGGCUGGUUACAGACAAAUUACAACAACCUGACUAUAGAGAAAGACCAGUUACAGACCAGUUACAAUAACCUGACUAUAGAGAGAGAGCAGUUACAAACCAGUUACAAUAACCUGACUAAAGAGAGCGACCAGUUACAAACCAGAUAUAACAACCUGACUAUAGAGAGAGGCUGGUUACAGACAAAUUACAACAACCUGACUAUAGAGAAAGACCAGUUACAGACCAGUUACAAUAACCUGACUAUAGAGAGAGACCAGUUACAAACCAGUUACAAUAACCUGACUAAAGAGAGCGACCAGUUACAAACCAGAUAUAACAACCUGACUAUAGAGAGAGGCUGGUUACAGACAAAUUACAAAACCUGA